UCAAGUGGGCUGCUUACAUAUACGAAGAUGAUAACGAGAAUAGUCCAAGAAAACGAAACAAUCAGCAUUGACAAGAUCUUUGAAAUAGUAUACAAGGAAAUUAAUGGAGCUGAUGGUGAUGUCCAUAAGGRUUUUUUGACUCACACCAGCAAAAACGUCCAUAGAAGACUAGGAGAUGUACUCAAUAGUUUAGCUGCAAUUGGGAUGAUAUCAAAAGAAGGGAGAAUUGUCAAAUGGUUAGGUUAUCCAAACWGCGAAGAAGAAGAAGUAAAGAAGCUAAAGGACGAGAAACAAAAGCUUGAAGAAUGCAUMCAAGAAAAGACUAAAAGCCUGGAAUCACWGACUAGCAARACUGUUGAACAGCUUUUUGCMMACAGUUCUUUUGUGRGAUCAUUAUAG